ACCACCUUCAGAUCCACAGUUGACUGCCCACUACCACCUUCAGAUCCACAGUUGACUGCCCACUACAUGUCCCGCCUUCAUCCCACCAUGAUCACACUGCCGACUUCAUGCCGACCUAUUCUCCAGUCAUUGAAUAGAAAAAUUCCCAAGAACAUACAGUUACUUCUCUCAGCUCGCAGUUUCUUCCAGGGGUCAGCUGAAGUAUUAACUCGAGAAGUUGCGCGACGACAUUGGCACGCGGAAUAUGCUAUAAACAGUCGAUCACUAGCGUCAAUAAUGCGCCAACCUAAGCUAUAAUGUUCUUAGAACCUUGACUAUUCUAUGCGCCGGUAGAAGCGCGUAUCGGAAAUGGAUGAUCAAAGGGAAGUGUCAGAAAGCGGCCAGGCCGGCCAAGGCUCCUCCAGCGAUGGCCCAGCCCUCACGGGGUCUGGAAGGGCCAUCCAGGCUUGCGACAGGUGCCGGAUGAAAAAGGUCCGAUGCGAUGGAAUUGUUCCCACUUGCGGGAGGUGCCAGGUGGCGGGACUGGAAUGCUUGACUAUGGUCAAAUUGACCAGAAAGAGCUACCCAAGAACCUAUACGGAGUCCAUUGAGGAGCGUCUCCGGAUCGUGGAGGGGGAAGCUCAGAAAAUGAGAGCCGAGAAUGCUGCAAAGGAUGUCAAAAUCCAGGAGUUGGAAUUAGCCAUGCGAAGUAGGUCGGUGUCUCAUGCGCAGUCGCCGAAAAACCAAGGUCACACCACACGUGCUCUGGGAUUGACCACAUCUGGUCGGCGAGAUAAUAGAGCAAAGCCAAGGGCCAUCACCGUGGAUGACUCGAUAUGCCGUGAGGUUGGACGGAUGAACUCGGACAGGGGAGGGGUUGGGAGAUAUAUUGGUUCGUCCUCGGGGAUAUUCUUCGUUGGUAUGGCUGAGCAAAGAUUUUCAACUCUCAAAAGCAACGUGCAGUGGAAAAUCGGGCAUGACCUUCUGAAAGUGGAAACAGACGACUACAAUGUCGAGUACAAAGUUUAUUCGACCCAGCUACGGAAAGAUUUCCUUCAGGAAUUACCGCCUUAUGAGACAGCAAAAAGGUGCUGCGAGGCGUGGUUCGAGUUUUGGAGAUAUAUAUUUCCAAUAUUACAUCGGCCGACUUUCAUGGGAAAUCUCGAGCUGAUGUACUUCAAGCGACAAACUGCCCCGGAUGUAGAUAUCCCCGCAGAGAUAUUUGGCAUAUUCUAUAUGGUACUUGCCCUUGGGAGCCGCCAAAUCCAACUCACCAGCGGCACCGGUGAUGAUGGGCCCCAUGUCCGGAGCAGCGGCGAUGAUACGAUUUACUUUGAGAAAGCGAUGAGCUACUAUGAUGCUGUUAUAAAGCUGGGGACGCUUCGAACCGUGCAGUUCUUGGAACUUCAAGCUCUGUGGUACGUUUUUACUGGCAAGAGGAGCCUGGCCCUCCAGACUACUGGAAGCGUUGUCAAGCUAUCCUUGGAGCUUGGCCUGCACCGAUACUCGAGGAGGUUUGAUUUCAACCCCGUUACAACUGAGAUCCGCAAAAGGAUCUUCUGGGUCUGUUAUAUUCUUGACAGUUUUCUGUCAACAAUAGCCGGAUCACCGAAAUCCCUUCGUGAUCAAGACAUCGAUGCAGACGGUCCAUCAGAAGUUGAUGACGACCUUGUCUCAGCAGAGGGUUACGUGGCAGCCCUGCCCGGAGAACCAACGGGCAUGAUGGCUUUUGUGGCACUGGUCAAAGUAGCCCGAAUAUUGGCCCAAACCCUAGAAAUCCUCUAUACAACAACAAACCGCAGAGGGACGCCUGCGAAGAUUAGGUCUCUCGAUCGCCUUUUGGAUCAAUGGGCAAACGUGCUUCCAGAUCAUAUCCAAGUCAGCUUCGCCGAUAUGGCCUUGAUGUCACCGGAAGAAGCUCUGGCAGACCUUGGCCAAGGUGCACCAGAAGUUGUGUUCAUACAGCUCGUGUAUUUAUAUGUACGGCUGGUGAUUCAUCGACCUGCCCUCUCAUUUAAGCCACAAACGGAUCAGAGCCAGGUGUCGUUAUUGAAGUGCAUGCAAGUUGAUAUACAAACUCUUCUAUUGCUCUCGCACUUCAAGCAAUACCUCCUGGUAUUUGACAUCAAUCCAGGGGCGCAUAUAUACACCGUUUGGCAAUGCGGGCUAAUGUUGAUGUACGGCCUGUUGGAGCUGAGAGAUGCAAAAGAAAAGCACGGGACGACAGGGACAACUAAAUUCGAGCUUGCGGCAAGACAAUCUACUCACACUUGUCUUGAACUCCUCGAGCAUAUGGUGUCCUGUGGUAGAGAUGGGGAACGGGUCAGAGCACAGAAUAUACGGGACAUUCUCACAGCCACAACGCCAUUGCUGCAACCUGCAUCAACCUCAGAGCCGAGUAACAGCACCGGCGGAGUCGAGGGUGGGAGCAAUGCUAGCUCUGCAUAUGCAACAGCACCGCAACUCUCCAGCGGCAGCCUACAGCACCCAAGUACUCCCUUUUCAAGACUCAUCAGCUUCAAGGACAACCUAUUAGGUUCCAGAAGCCCACUUACCUCCCAAACGCUCAACCACUCCAGCGGAUUCACCACAUCAAAUACGCUACAGCCAGAUCCCGAAACGCCCGUCCAGCCGACAUUGAAUCAAAAUAUCUGCCUUGAUUUUAGCAACGACCUUAUACACCCUUAUUACCGCUUCGGAAUCGCAGAUAAUCCAAUGUUUCUCCCGAAUAGUCCGCGUCAUAGAGGGACGCCUGCGAGUGCUAUGGUGCCGAGGGAUAUUUGGGAUGAUCCUGUUUUUGCGUACUCUGGGAGCCCGCCGAUGGUGCCGGUAGAGCCUGUUGGCCAGGCAACUGGGGGUACUGGGCGGAGUGAUCUUCCUGAUGAUGGGCCGGACCCGAAAAGAACGAGGUUCGAAAAUACUUCGUGACGUGGUUCGGGGAGAUAGAUGUAAAGGUUUGAGGAUCAGUACCUCGGGCUGGAGCAACCCUUGUGGGCAAUCUAUAGAUGGUGUUCCGUCCAGAUAUUGUGACUAUGAAAUGAGUCGCGGACUACACAGUUUGCACACACAUAUGCAUAUAUGGGAAGAAUAUUAAUAAGAAGGCUUCCAUAUAGACAGGAACUGAUACACGAAGAGCAAACGGGCCCAAUGAAUGGCAAUAUUUGUAUGUUCUACUUUUGUUCUAGGAUUUUUAUCAUCUGGAGAAGGCGUUGAAAUCAAGGAUGUAAUGAGAGAACACAACGCUUUGGUUGUGUCGUAAACUAUAAAGUAGGGGCAUAACAAGGCUCGAGGAGGAUAAUAGACCAAGUGGUGUAUUUCGUGAAGAGUACUUUUUUGUUGUGGUGAAUCUCAUUCUAGGAAUUCUUUGAGAGUUGCUUCUUUGCCCCUAAUACAUCCCGUUCUCAAUUCGUGCCUGGUUCAUUUCAUUACACGAUAUAAUCUCCAGGUACCCUUUACUCAAGAAGUAAACCAACUAUAUAAUUCUAGC